CAGACUGCAACUACCUUGUGUUGUAAUAGCAUAUAGAUGUCUAUUAAAGCACCUGCCACUAUGGAGGUUGAAACAAUGCCUUGUGAACCUAAGCCUGAAUUAAAUCCGUUGCCCCCAAAGCCAGUAUUCAAGCCUCUUAAGGCUCACGAGAUGUCGGACGGUCGAGUCCAGUUCAGAAAGGUCUCGGUUCCACCUCACAGGUAUUCACCUCUCAAGAAAUACUGGAUGGACAUCUAUACUCCAAUCUACGAACAGAUGAAGGUCGACAUCCGAAUGAAUCUCAAAGCUCGGAAGGUUGAACUGAAAACAAGACCAGACACCCCCGACAUUAGUAACCUUCAAAAAUGUACAGACUUUGUCCAGGCUUUCAUGAUGGGUUUUGAUGUCCCGGAUGCCAUUGCUCUUUUGAGAUUGGAUGAACUGUACGUGGAAUCUUUUGAAAUCAAGGAUGUCAAGACUCUUAGAGGGGAGCACUUGUCUCGUGCCAUCGGAAGAUUGUCUGGGAAAGGCGGUAAAACUAAGUUUGCCAUCGAGAACGCCACGAAGACUAGGAUUGUCAUUGCCGACACCAAGAUUCAUAUACUGGGGUCUUUCGCCAACAUCAAGAUUGCUAGGGAUUCUCUUUGCAACCUCAUUUUAGGUUCACCCGCUGGGAAAGUCUACUCGAAACUUAGACAAGUUACUGCUAGAUUGGCAGAAAGGUUUUGAUCUUUUGUUAUUCGUAAUAUUUUUUUGAGAUUUUUUUUUCUCUGAGUAAUGGAUUAUUAAGGGUUAUCUGCAAAAAAAACCCAUGAAAAAGGGGGGGGGGGGAGGAGAAUGAACAUGAUCGAGUAUUCUUUAGAAAGUAGUAAUUUUAGAUGAAAGUUUUGAUUGGGAGGCAUUGAGUGAAUUUUCUGUAAGCCGCCUUUUUAAUGUUCUUUUUUAAUAUUAUUAUAAUGAAACUUAUCCUAUGA